AUGCUAGGCUCUGGCAAAUCGAGCGGCGUGGUGAACGAGGCCAGCAACUUCAAGGCCAAUGAGAACCUUACCGCCACUAUAGAGCAGAUGAAUUCGAAGGCGUAUCGCCAGAGCCGUGACAUGAACGACGUCAUCCCGACGCAUCGUCGCCCGGUUGAGGAAGCCGUACGCGACAACGGUGUCCCAGCGUAUGACCCAGCUUCGGAGAAGCACGCAGAGAGGGUGGAGCGUGGCAAUGCGGCGGAUGCCGAGGACGACGACGAGGAUGCUGAGCUGAUGGAGCUUCGCCGGAUGCGUCUGCAGCACAUGCGAACCAAUCAAGAGAAGCAGGCAGAGUGGCGCAGCAAGCAGCACGGAGAGUACCGCGAAAUCUCACAAGAUGACUUCUUCAACAUCGUCGUGCGCGAGAAGGGUGGAAGCGAACGGGUGUGCGUGCACUUCUACCACAAAGACUUUGAGACCUGCAAGGUGAUGGACCGCUACCUGUCGGAGCUGUCACGCACCCUGCUACCCGUGAAGUUUGUGAAGAUCGACGCCGAGCGCUCACCCUUCCUGGUGGAGCGGCUGCACGUGACGACGCUGCCGCACUGUGUGAUCUUCCUGAACGACGUGUGCAUUGAUCGAAUUGUUGGCUUUGAGGGGUGUGCGACAGAGGACGGCGCCCUCGACGCGAACCUGCUGCGGGAGCGCAUUGUCCACACACUCAAGCUCGAGGGCGACGAGUAG